GUUCCUCUCUGCUGAUCGGGAUGUGAUGCAUGAGGCUACAUGUUUCUCCUCACAUUCUUUAUCGUCUGCUGAAAUGUGCUGGACAGACUCCAGAAGUUUCCUCCUGCAGGACCUGAGACUGAAAAUAGAAGUUUAACCUCUUUAUGUAAUCAGGAAACACGGCUGUUAUCGACUUUCCCUGUUCGGGAAGAAUGUUGAGGCUGGAAAAACACUUCAAACUGAGACAAUGAUGAAAUGAAGGACACGGCAGAAGAUACUUUAAUUGAAAUUCAGAAGGCUGGCUAGGGUUAGGGGUUAGCCUAGCUUACCUCAUUAUACGAUAUAGACGUGUGUGUGUGUGUGUGUGUGUGUGUGUGUGUGUGUGUGUUGGACCACACCCUGCUUAAUGUGUUCUCUGUGUUGAUGUUUGGUUCCCAUGCAGCUCAACAAGAGUGUAUUCGUCUUCUUCUAUCUUUGUGAGGACUCAGUUUGGUUUUCACAUAAUAAUCAUAAAUUUACUCUGAACUACAUUCAGAUCACUGUUAACUUUGUUUAUGUAACACAGCUCUAAACUGCAGAUACUAAUCUAAACCAUCUGUCUCCCAGGAGAGACGUCCCUCAGUUAUUAUUUGACCUGAACAGAGCAGAUGAUAUCCUACAUGCUACACAUUGUAGCAUGUAUUUGUUUUAUUUAGUCGGCGUUUCUCAUUUCAAGACACUUAAAGUAGAUAUGUUUCAUUACAUUUUAGCUCGUAUCUUUUUCUUGGUUUAUUUAUAAUGAGUUUGAGAUAUUGAUGUCAAAUCGCAGGAGAUUAAAAUAAACUAAUGCAUUAAUUUCAGAACUUAAUUAAUCACAGUUAGCUAGUUAAUGCUAACAGCCUUAUCUAAAAAUAAACAAAUAAACUUGCUAAUAUUUCUGUUUUUGCAGUGUACAUAUGAGCUCGGUACAACAACCGACUUUAAUGUGUCAUUAUUCAAAGUUUCAGAGAAACGCUUUCACUGUUUCACUUUAGUCGUUGCAGGUUUUAUUCAUUCAAAGUGAGCCACAGGUUUUGUCUUUAAAUCUUUUCAUAAGACUAAACACAUGUUUAAUCUCACUGUGGGUACGUGUGAGAAACAUGAAACAUGAAAUGUAAUGAUCAUGUAACCCUGAAAUCAUGAUCUAAUGUGUUUCUUUCUGUCUCUGCAGAUCUGACCUGAAGCUGCAGAGUCUCCGUUUGACUUUUUAUUUUUAUCAUCACAGACUCAAAAGACUGAAACUGAAUUUGAAUUCUGCAUUUAAUGUCAUUUAGUUUUUAUUGGAUUGAAUUUUCCGUCUGAACCCUUUUGGAGUCCUUCAGUGUGGCGAAUAGCUCUCACUCGGAGGCAGGGUUUAUAUUUGAUCCUCCGUGUGCUGCGGUGGUUGUCUGAAUGCCCCAGGAUUACCCGCAGGCUGCAGUUCCUCCUCCGGCCUGCAGGGCAGCAGCAGAGAGUGACGGCCAGCUGCUGGACAGGAGAAGUGUCGGCAUGAGCGACUUCUGGCACAAAAUGGGAUGCUGCGUGGUGGCCAAACCCCCACCG